UCUAUUUCGAUUUACUUAUUCAACUUGGGACAUACAAUCAGAUAAGAGUAUAAUUACAAAAGCCAAAUGGUGGCAUCAUCACCCAGCGGGCUGCCUGUCCUCCUUUUUGUUUUGGCCUUGGCGGUGGCCCACCUUAAAGUAGAGGCACAUAAUGGAGACGGCGAUUAUGAUGACGGAUAUUCUGGUGAUUCAUGGGGUAGCAGCAGCAGUUACGAGUCGGGCCACGGAGGCAGUGGCGACACCAGCCACGAGUCCAGUUAUGGAUCAAGUUACGAGUCCGGCCAUGGCAGUAGCAGUGACACCAGCCAUGGUUACGGUUCUGAAUCCGGCCACGGAGGCAGCGGGGAUACAAGCCAUGGGUCCGAAUAUGAGUUCGGCCACGGAGGCAGCGAUGAUACAAGCCACGAGUCUGAAUACGAGUUCGGCCACGGAGGCAGCGAUGAUACAAGCCAUGGAUCCGAAUACGAGUUUGGCCAUGGGGGAAGCGAGGACACUAGUCACAGUGUUGUAAUUAUUGUGAAAUUGGGCGAGCACUACCUUCUGUCGCAGUUCAAAGGAAAAUGUCCAUCUGGUACAACCUACCUGCAAGAUGACGGGGAGUACAGCGAACCUGAGUGUAACGUGACCAGCACGAAGCUUUUUAUCCAGUGGUUAUUUGCCAAUGCUAAACAAUACGGACUUUCUUGGAGCUAUUCAGGCUCGAUAACCUUCUAUAUGGGUGAAACCUUCCCCCUGACACUGUUCAGGGGCGCUUGUCCAUCAGGGACGGUUACGAAGGGAUCGAUGUGUUCGAUCACGAAUAUACAGCUGUUCAACCAGUGGGUGAAGUUGUAUGGUACUACCUUCGGAAUUACAAUGACGGGCUUCACAUACCCACCCCCAACCCAGACUAUUGUCGAGGUGAAAAUGGGUAACAGUUAUAGCAUCAGUAUGUUCAAGGGAACAUGCCCUUCAGGGACGAAGACAUCGGGGAAGAUGUGCACUGUAACAAACGUGCAACUUUUUCUAAAUUGGGUCAAGAUCAACGCUAUGAAAUUUGGCAUUUCAUGGUCUUAUUCUUCCAGCGUAACAGUUAGCUUCAAGCUUGGAAUGACAUUCCCACUGAUCCUAUUCAAGGGUGUCUGUCCAAAGGGAUCAGUGAUUGACGGCUCCAUGUGUAAAGUCACCAGCGUCAAUUUGUUUUUGACCUGGGUUCAAAACACUGGGCCAAAAAUUGGAAUCACGUUAAGCAUGUUAAAUGCUGUGGACCUUUGUACGGACACCAAGACUCCAUGUAAAGGUACUGCCAAAUGUGUUCCUAAGACUGGGAGUUACGAGUGCAAGUGUGAAACGAACUACGAAUAUGAUAAGAGCUCAGGAUGCAAAGUGAUUGACCUGUGUGUGACCAAGAAACCAUGUAAGGGUGAUGCCACGUGUAAACCUAAACAAGGAGGUUAUGAUUGCAACUGUAAGAAAGACUUUGAAUAUAAGAUUGAUUCCGGAUGCCAAAUGAUCAACCACUGUACGACCAAAAAGCCGUGUAAGGGAGGGGCCACCUGUGCUGCUAAGAAGGGUGGUUAUGACUGCACUUGUAAAAAGAACUACGAGUAUGAUGCAGGCACUGGAUGUAAAAUGAUCGAUCUGUGUCAGACAAAACCCUGUUCUGGAGAUGCCACCUGCACACCUAAAGUUGGGAGCUACGAGUGCAAAUGUAAGAAGGACUACGAAUACAUUAAAGGCACCGGGUGCAAAAUGAUUGACCUCUGCAAAACCACCAAGCCAUGUAAGGGAGAUGCUGUAUGUCUUCCUAAGGUUGGAGGUUACACGUGUCAGUGUAAGAAGGAUUAUGAAUACAUAAAAGCAACCGGAUGCAAAAUGAUCGACCUGUGCAAGACGACGAAACCCUGCAAAGGAGAUGCCACAUGUGUUCCUAAACCCGGAGCAUUCACCUGCACAUGCAAGAAGGAUUAUGAAUACAAGGGCACUGGCUGUAAAAUGAUUGACCUCUGUAAGACCACGAAACCCUGCAAGGGGGGUGCCACAUGUACUCCUAAAGCUGGAGGCUUCACCUGCUCAUGCAAGAAGGACUAUGAAUAUGUUAAAGGCACCGGAUGCAAAAUGAUUGACCUCUGUAAGACCACGAAACCCUGCAAGGGUGGCGCCACAUGUACUCCUAAAGCUGGAGGCUUCACCUGCUCAUGCAAGAAGGACUAUGAAUAUGUUAAAGGCACCGGAUGCAAAAUGAUUGACCUCUGUAAGACCACGAAACCCUGCAAGGGUGGCGCCACAUGUACUCCUAAAGCUGGAGGCUUCACCUGCUCAUGCAAGAAGGACUACGAAUAUGUUAAAGGCACCGGAUGCAAAAUGAUUGACCUCUGUAAGACGAAGAAACCCUGCAAGGGAGAUGCCACGUGUACUCCUAAAGCUGGAGGCUUCACCUGCUCAUGCAAGAAGGACUAUGAAUAUGUUAAAGGCACCGGAUGCAAAAUGAUUGACCUCUGUAAGACCACGAAACCCUGCAAGGGUGGCGCCACAUGUACUCCUAAAGCUGGAGGCUUCACCUGCUCAUGCAAGAAGGACUAUGAAUAUGUUAAAGGCACCGGAUGCAAAAUGAUUGACCUCUGUAAGACGAAGAAACCCUGCAAGGGUGGCGCCACAUGUACUCCUAAAGCUGGAGGCUUCACCUGCUCAUGCAAGAAGGACUAUGAAUAUGUUAAAGGCACCGGAUGCAAAAUGAUUGACCUCUGUAAGACGACGAAACCAUGCAAGGGUGGCGCCACAUGUACUCCUAAAGCUGGAGGCUUCACCUGCUCAUGCAAGAAGGACUAUGAAUAUGUUAAAGGCACCGGAUGCAAAAUGAUUGACCUCUGUAAGACCACGAAACCCUGCCAGGGUGGCGCCACAUGUACUCCUAAAGCUGGAGGCUUCACCUGCUCAUGCAAGAAGGACUAUGAAUAUGUUAAAGGCACCGGAUGCAAAAUGAUUGACCUCUGUAAGACGACGAAACCCUGCAAGGGUGGCGCCACAUGUACUCCUAAAGCUGGAGGCUUCACCUGCUCAUGCAAGAAGGACUAUGAAUAUGUUAAAGGCACCGGAUGCAAAAUGAUUGACCUCUGUAAGACCACGAAACCCUGCAAGGGAGAUGCCACGUGUGCACCAAAGGCUGGUGGGUAUGAUUGCAAAUGUAACAAAGGCUUUGAAUAUGAUAAAGCCACUGGUUGUAAAGGCGUCAUAACCCAAUCAGAAAUCAAGCCAGGAGGCUCAAUAUCCAUCUCAAUAUUCAAUGGGAAGUGUCCACAAGGAACUGAGCUGGUCGGAAACAACUGUGUCAUAAAACAGUUCAACCUGUUCAUCAUUUGGUUGCAAAAGAAUGCUGUGAAAUUAAACAUUGACAUAACGCAAGUAACGUUCCCAUCCGUCAUCAUCACUCAAAACGAAUUGAAACAAGGGGGUACAUUUUCGGUCACGUUGUUCAAUGGUGUAUGUCCAGUGGGAACCAUCAAGGAAGGAAACACCUGUCUCAUCAAGCAGUUCAACCUAUUCAUAAGUUGGUUUAGAGUAAAUGCUGCGACUUAUAACAUCGACAUCUCAAAACUAAACAUUCCUUGGGUCACGUUGGAUACAACUCAAUUCAAGCCAGAUGGUAGUUAUUCCAUCUACUUCUUCAAGGGUGUUUGCCCGAAGGGCACUGAGAAAAAGGGAAACAACUGUGUCAUCAACAAGUUCAUGAUGUUCGUCACAUGGCUGAAAGCAAAUGCUGCCAAAUACUUCAUAAAAAUCACCAAUCUUAGCUUCCCAACUGAAGGGAAAGAGGAGGGUCACACGUCUGGCGACUAUGACUAUGAGGAAGGUCACACGUGGGGCGACGAGCAUGGAUCAGACUAUGAGGAGGGCCACACAUCUGGCGACGAGCAUGGAUCAGACUAUGAGGAGGGCCACACAUCUGGCGACGAGCAUGGAUCAGACUAUGAGGAGGGCCACACAUCUGGGGACAGCCACGGAUCGGGAGGGUAUGAGGAAGGACACACAUCUGGGGACAGCCACGGAUCGGGAGGGUUUGAGGAAGGACACACAGCAGGGGACAGCCACGGCUCAGAAGGAUAUGAAGUAGGUCAUACGUCUGGGGACAGCCACGGAUCGGGAGGGUAUGAGGAAGGACACACAGCAGGGGACAGCCACGGAUCAGACGGAUAUGAAGUAGGUCAUACGUCUGGGGACAGCCACGGAUCGGGAGGGUAUGAAGUAGGACACACAUCUGGAGACAGCCACGAAUCGGGUGGUGGAUCUUCAGGGUUUGAAGAAGGACACAUAUCCGGGGACAACCACGGAUCAGGACAAACCUCUUCGACCAGUACCAGCACUUCUACCAUGCAAUUCUCAUCUGGGCAAACCUUCCCUCUGACAAUGUUUGGAGCGUAUGGUAAAUGUCCUUCAGGAACAGCGGCCAGUGGAACCAACUGCAAAGUGACCAGCGCCAGUCUAUUCAUAACUUGGUUGAAGACGAAUGCAGCCAAAUAUGGAAUCAGCUGGACUGCCACUACCUCCACCCAGCCGAUGCAAACCAUGCAAUCCGCCUCCGGGCAAACCUUCCCUCUGACAAUGUUUGGAGCGUAUGGUAAAUGUCCUUCAGGAACAACGGCUAAAGGAACCAACUGCAAAGUGUCCGACUUUAAACUGUUCACGGCUUGGUUGAAGACGAACGCGGCCAAGUAUGGAAUCAGUUGGUCGUCAUCCACUCGGUCUUACACCACGCCCAUGCGAACAAGCAGCAGUUAUUCCAGAACAAGCUAUUCGUCCACUGGGUGAUCGUGAGUUGGUUACUAAAGAAGCGUAGACCAGGAACGUCGUGAUAUUUCUCGAUUC